AUGACCGAGAUUCUGCACCAAAUCAUCCUACGCAUUUGGUGCGAAGAACAGCUUCCGACCGACUGGUUAGACGGGCUCGUCACCCCAAUCUACAAGAAAGGGCAAAGACUCGAUUGUGCCAACUAUCGAGGCAUCACAAUCCUCAACGCAGCGUACAAAGUACUCUCCCGCAUCCUGUGGAGCAAGCUGAGACCGAUGACCGAGACCUUUGUCGGCGAAUACCAGUGCGGUUUUCGAGCGGGUCGGUCAACGACGGAUCAGAUGUUCACUCUGCGACAAAUCCUCGACAAGUUCCGGGAGUACAACCUGCAAACACACCAUUUGUUCAUCGACUUCAAAGCGGCGUACGAUUCGGUCAAAAGAAACGAAAUUUGGAAGAUUAUGGUAGAACACGGCUUUCCGGCGAAGCUUAUAAGAUUGAUUCGUGCAACGCUCGACGGAGCAAAAUCAAGCGUGCGAAUAGCCAACGAGACAUCUGAAGCUUUCGUUACGUUGGAUGGAUUGAAGCAGGGCGAUGCUCUCUCGAACUUACUGUUCAUCAUAGCGUUGGAGGGUGCUGCGCGAAGGGCAGGCGUGCAAAGAAACGGAACACUCAUCACUAAAUCGCACAUGCUGCUUGAUACGCUGACGACAUCGACAUCAUUGAACAACAUCAAACGGUCUGGUGAGAAGCCACCGAACCACAAUGUAUCAAAGGUUGAGAACCUCUCUCACCAUCAGGCAAGUGUGGCAAGAACCAUUGUGACGCUCACCACCUGCAAUCUGGUACCGUCCAAAGUGACAACAAGUCGAGAAGAGAAGCGACACAUCCCUGGUGUCAUAUUAAAGAUAUACAUCUAA